ACUUCUGUCAGGUUCCACCGGUUUCUUUUAUGUGUAAUGUUAAAUUGAAUAAUUUUGCUUGUAUAACGGAACAAGGCCAUAUUUAAAAUAAAAGAAUAAUAAUUUUGCUUUGAAUUUUGCCAAAUUUCCCAUUUAAUAAUCAAAGAAGUACAGAUUAUAUAUAGGCAUCAUAAUAUUUAACAAGAUGGAUUAUAAUUUGUCUGAGGGGUCACUCCAAACAAUAAUGAACGGUGGACACUAUGAGAAACCAGUCAUGCAAGUACUUGGCAGUAAAAAGAUCCAAGGCAGUGGUGCAAAUGAAAGAUUUAGAUUACUUGUCUCUGAUGGCAAACACUCCCACAGUUUUGCCAUGCUAGCAACCCAAUUAAAUGAUAAAUUAAUCACUGGAGAGCUAUCAGAUUAUUCUGUUGUACAAAUAGACAGAUUUGUAACAUCUUUACUUAAAAACACUGGCAAAGGAGAAAAGAGAGUAAUGAUCAUUUUGGAUAUUACCAUUCUUGCUUCUGGUACAGACGUUGGUAAAAAAUUGGGAAAUCCUCAGACAUGGUCUGAAGAUUCGGCGGCGGCAGCUCCGGCGCCCGUGAUGCAGCCAGUGCCCAAACCAACUGUUCAACCGAUGCAAAUCUCUAAACCGUCAACAGUUACUGGAAUGAACACAAGCAUUUUAUCUGCACAAAUGACACAUCCUAUAGCCAGCUUAAGCCCCUACCAAAAUAAAUGGGUGAUAAAAGCUCGUGUUAUGAAUAAAUCUCCUAUAAGAACAUGGAGCAACGCCAGGGGUGAAGGCAAACUGUUUAGCAUGGACUUGUUUGAUGAGAGUGGUGAGAUCAGAGCCACUGCCUUCAAGAAUGAAUGCGACAAAUUCUACGAUAUGAUACAGGUUGAUAAAGUUUAUUAUAUUAGCCGAUGUCAGUUAAAAACAGCUAAUAAACAGUUCACAACUUUGAAGAACGAUUAUGAAAUGACUUUCACAGCUGAUACAGUAGUGGCGGAAUGCACAGACGACAUGUCGGCAUUGCCCUCAGUCAAAUAUGACUUCCUUCCUAUCAACAGCAUUGCAGAGAAAAGUCCAGACAACAUUGUUGAUGUCAUUGGGGUAUGCAAAUCUGCAGCUGAUCUUCAGGAGCUGACUGCUAAGAGCACAGGUAAACUUCUAAAGAAGAGAGAAGUAACCUUAGUGGACUCUUCAGGUGGAGGGAUUGUUCUUACAUUAUGGGGUGCUGAAGCAGAGAAAUUUGAAGGCAGCACCAAUCCUGUAAUAGCAGUUAAGGGUGCCCGCCUAACAGAAUUCAAUGGCAGUAAAUCACUAUCCUGCCUGGCUAGUACCAUGAUGAGACUGAACCCUGACCUGCCUGAGGCUCAUAAACUGAGGGGCUGGUAUGAUAAUGGUGGUGCCGACAUGGAAACUGUCAAUAUUUCAGCCAAAUCUGGACUAUAUUCAGGCGGCAGCAACGAAUGGUUGAGUUUCGCAGACGCGGAAGCUAAGCAACUGGGGUCAGGCGAGAAAGGCGAUUACUACAGUUUACUUGGAGUACUAACUUUCACGUUUAGUGACAACGCUGUAUACAAAGCGUGCCCGCAGGAACAGUGCAACAAGAAACUUGUCGAUCAAGACAAUGGUCUUUUCAGAUGUGAGAAGUGUAACAGGGAGUAUCCAAAUUAUAAGCAUCGGCUUCUAUUAGGGGCAAAUGUAUCAGACCCGACUGGCGAUCAGCGAAUAACAGCGUUUAAUGAAGCAGCUGAAGCGAUGUUGGGCAAGACCGCCGCCGAAGUGGGCCAGCUGUUCGACUACGACAAGAACGCUUAUGCCCAACUAUUCGAGGAAGUGAAAUUCAAAACUUUCGUUUUCAAGUUCCGCACCAAGAUAGAAACUUACAGCGACGAAACUCGUUUGAAAACAACAGUUAUGAACGCGCAACCUGUCGAUUACAAAGAUGCCAAUUCACGACUAAUCAAAAACAUAAAAUCUAUCACCGGAGUACAAGUCUAAUAAACGCAGAGCGAAUUAAUGUUAAGUGGUAUGAAUGUGUUGAAUGCAAAAUUAUAAAUGUUGUUGAAUUUAAUAAUUGUGGAGUGAAAUAUUCUUUUAAUUGUAUUUACAAACAGCAGCACAUCAGGCUACCACAAAAUGACAUUUCCGUAAGCGAUUUUGAAUACUGUCUCUUACAGAACUGUCUCUUAACCAAAAAUUGCAGAGGAAUUGGGUAACCUGAUCUACUGUUGAUUCUAUUAUUUCUUUUUUAGUUGUUAAAGUGAAUAAUUAUGUCGACUCUUCAAUAAAUUUUUGCUGUUAUCUUAUAUCCAUUAAAAUUGUAUACU